AAUAACAAAAAUGAUAAGUAGCUAACGAGAACACGCAUGAAUUUAAAUAAUAAAGUCACGACACAGAAAGAUACCUUGCAAUUUGGUUAAAAGCUACAGGCUCCACCGCGUGACUAGACUGACAGGUAGCUGCCAGCAUUAGAUGCUAAGCUAACUAUUUAUUGUAGCUAACUGUCUGAAGCGGGGAAGGUGGACUUGUCUACCUAUCUUUACUGUCGAUAUAUUCGCAUAAAACCAAUUUCUGUUUGCUGCUGUGGAAGUAUUGGAUUUCGUUAUUCAAUAGUUCUGCGUUGGACCAUUCCGCACUCAUCCCAACUGUGCUGAAAUGGAAAAACCCUCCCAUUUGUUUUCAAGUAUUUAGAGGAACAGGUCUCUCUGUCAUCCUGGCAACACUGGAGCCACAGGAUGGGACGGAGCCAAAUACCGGCAUCAUGGUUGUUGCUGUAGCACCCGGCUCCGCACCUAGCCCGUGGAGCGAAGCAGUGACUAAUGAGCUUCAGGAGAUGACUCUGCAGCCCGCCUCCAACGACAUGCCUGUGCGGGACAGGAAGAAUGUCCUCCAGCUCAAACUACAGCAGAGACGCACCCGGGAGGAGCUGGUCAGCCAAGGGAUCAUGCCACCACUGAAGAGUCCGGCAGCCUUCCACGAGCAGCGGAGGAAUCUGGAGAGAGCUAGGACUGAGGACUAUCUGAAGAGGAAGAUCAGGAGUCGUCCUGAGCGCUCAGAGCUGGUCAGGAUGCACAUACUGGAGGAGACGUCAGCGGAGCCGUCUCUGCAGGCCAAGCAGCUGCAGCUGAAGAGGGCCAGGCUGGCUGAUGACCUCAAUGAUAAGAUCUCCCACAGACCUGGUCCUAUAGAGCUCAUCCACAAGAACAUCCUGCCUGUAGACCUGGACUGUCCUCUGCAGCACUCACUACUGGAUUCUCCAAAGGGUGCAGGAGAAUCCUCAUUGGACGAGGACAGCAGUGAUGCAUUUUCUCCGGGUACACUAGCCAAUCACGACUCUCCACUGGGUCCACUCUCCCAGCUCUCCCACUCUGACAUGCUCACUCAGAACAGGGACAUGUCCCCCUCACAGGUAUUUCUUACCCAGGUCCCACCACCACCUCCGCUGUUGGUGAAUGGCCAAGAAUCAUUGCCACCUCAGAAGCUGACCAAUGGGACAGCGAUGCCGGUAGCUUCCCGCCCUGCUACUGGUCAGACCAAGUCGAAGCCCAGUUCGGAGCGGGCCACCCAGAGGCCUAAGAAGGCCAAAGACAACAAGCCCAAGAUGAAGAAGCUGAAGUACCACCAGUACAUCCCUCCGGACCAGAAGGCUGACCGGGAGCCUCCCCCUCAGCUGGACUCCACCUACACCAAGAUCCUCCACCAGCAGCAGCUCUUCCUCCAGCUGCAGAUCCUCCACCAGCAGCAGCAGCACUAUAACUACCACACCAUCCUCCCAGCACCACCCAAACCACCUGCAGAGCAACUACCUUCAACCAACCCCACCCCCUCCCUUUUGCACAGUGUUCCCCCGACGACCCCUGCCCCUUCCAAUCAGAAUGGGUCCAGUCGUCAGAGCCAAACCCCUGUGGGAGGGACCAAACCUUUGACGCUACCAGCCAACCUGGAUGACUUCAAAGUUGCUGAGCUGAAACAGGAGCUGAAACUACGGUGUCUGACCGUGUCUGGCACCAAGAUGGACCUGAUCGAGAGGCUGAGGAACUACCAGGAGCAGAACGGUGGAGGUCGAGCUGGUGUUACUGCUACUGUAACCCCUAAACCCAGCCAACCAACCCCACCGCACGCCUCAACCCAACCUGCUGGCUCCACCAGCCCUCCCCCCCCCCAGGCCAGAACUAAUCCCCACACCCACCAUUCAGGAGAGGCAGCAGGGAAUAUACCCGCUUUCUCAUUGGCUCAGAGUGCCGCUCCGGCCUGUAUUAUGAGGUUUGGCAGUACGAGCUCCUCCCCUCCAGUCUCCCCCACCCCGUCAGAACGGUCUCUGGCGGUGAUGAGCCCCGACGAGACCAGCUGUAAUGGAGACGUGUUCGGGGAGAUGGUGAGCUCUCCCCUGACCCAGCUCAGCCUGCACCCCUCUCCACAGCACCCCUCCCCAGCCUCCAUCAAAGAGGAGAACCAGGGUCACUUAUCCACCUGCAGCCUCUCCCAGUCCCGGCCUUCUCCCACCGAGCUUCAGCCUGCCGCCCCACCUCAGGAGCCCCUAGCCGGGGCAACCAUGGAGGCCUCCCCCUUGGACAAGGACCAGAUGCUCCAGGAGAAGGACAAGCAGAUUGAGGAGCUGACACGCAUGCUGAGGCAGAAACAGAGGCUGGUGGAGAACCUCCGCUCCCAAUUGGAGCAGGGGAAACAGACUGGAACAGUGAGAGAGAUGGAGGGAGAAGAGAUGGAGGGAGUACAGGGAGGGGUGGUGAACAGUUAUGCCCAGGAGGCCCAAACCACCCCCAUCAAAGCCUCUACCAUCCUCCAUCUCUCUCUCACCAACACAGACAUGGUGAGGGUCAAGAAGGAGGUAGAGACAGAAGAAGGGAUGGAGGGAGUGGACGAGGCUCAGCCGACACACUGCUCUCAGCAGAACCUGCUCAAACUGCAGCAAAUCCCCCGGAUACAGGUUGAACAACAGACACAACAACUGAAACAACAGCAGACACAACAACCACAGAUACAACUACUACAGACACACUCACUACAACAACAACAACAGACACAGACACAACAGCAUUCCAAAGAGCUCCAGCAACAACAGACACAGCAGAUGCAGAAGCCUUCGGCCCAGUUAUUAUUCCAACAGCAGCUGAUCAUCCAGCAGACUCAGCAGAAACAGCUCCAGCUGCAGGCCAAACAGCUGCAGGCCAAACAGCUGCAGGCCAAACAGCUGCAGGACAAACAGCUGCAAGUGCAGCAGAGACAGUCCCAGAGACAGCAGCAGAACAAACAACUGAGUCAGACAGUCACCCCACAACAGGUCACUCCAGUCUUCAUCAGCCAACAGAAUGGCACCCAGGUCCCCGCCCAGACCUUCUCAUUGGACCUCCUCAAGUCGGGCACCACACCCACCCUGGUCACCGACGGCAAUGGCAACCACUACCUGAUAGCACUGACCAAUAACAGUGCAGAGGGCCAAAACGGCGUGACCUCAUUGGGCAAAACCAGUGGAUCGCAACGCAUCACACUGCAGCGAUUGCAGUCAACUCCAAGCAAGCUCCCCAGCCAAUUGCCAGCUGAGAUACUGAGCCCCGUUACCCAAUCAAAACAACAGUUACAACCAGGCCCUGUCAACCAGUCAAUCAAAAAGGUGAGUCUACAUCUGGAAACAAAUGGCAUAACCAAUGGAGUGCCAGAGCCCACUCAGUCUGUCUCCGCCCCGCCCAAUCUCCAUCCUUUCUUUGGCGAGGUGUCCAACUUGUCUGAAAGCCAAAGCACCUCUCCCCCCUCCCUCAAGGAGAACGGGCUGAGUAGUCAACAGAUGGACGAUCUGUUUGACAUCCUCUUGAAGAGUGGAGAAAUCUUUGGAUUCCGAGCCAACCCAGACCCUUCCCUGGCCCAAAUCCACUCCGACCCCCCCAACCCUCCCUCGUCCCCUCUCCACAUCUCGCCGUCCACCACCCCUCCGGAGCCCUCCCUGCCCGCUGUGCCUUCCCAGCAGCCCUUGCCAUCGCCCUGCUCAUUGCCCUGCACAAGAAGUGGUCGUCUGGAGGACUUCCUUGAGAGCACCACGGGCACACCCCUCCUGGGGGUGGAGCCUGACUGCGGUCUGACUUUGAUUGACAACCUCCACAGCCAAAUGCUGAGCACCCCCAGCAUCCUGGACCAUCCCCCCUCCCCGGUGGACAUGGACACUAGCGACCUGGGCUUCUCCACCCACCCGGCAGGGCUUGACUUCGGGGACCCAGUCCUGGACAGCAUGGACUGGCUGGACAUCUCUAUGGGUGGUGGAGGUGGGAGGACGAGUCUCGCCCCUCUGUGCCCCCACACGCCCCCCAGUGUGUUCUCAGCGGACUUCCUGGACAGCUCGGACCUCACUCUGCACUGGGACUCCUGUUUGUAGCUCUUACGGAGUGAGGAGUACGCAUACAGUGUACAGGCUCUCUCUGUCUUACUCGCUAAGCAGGUCCACCACUCUGGAGGUACACUGAGACGGGGAGUCUUGUCCUGGGUUCACUCUGCCUUCUCGUCAUGCUUGGACAGGCUAGAGAGCAAAACUGACUUUAGAUCAGAGGCAGUGUGUGAAGGGAAUACUGUGGAGUUUAGUCACGCUCUGACACAUCCUUCUGGUGACAAAGGGUAACACAUGUAAAAGGCAGCCCCGAUGUGUCAGUGGUGCCUUUAACUUUGCACUUACGCUGAGACUGUUGAUUGGUGAAAAGUUGUAAUGAACAAACCUCAUUGGUGCAAACCAGGGGUGCGUUCAGUACGAAAGAAUGGUGUUAAGUUUUCUCCAUCAAAUCAUUUAACUCAACGGAAACUGUACUCCACUAAACUGUCAGUUGAAGAACAGUGUGAUUAUGUUGGCCCAGAGGGAGAUUGUAAAUGGUGUGUGCUGCACGGGUUUUACGAUUUUAAAUGGUCACACCCAUAUUGAUCAUGCCACACCCACCAAACGAGAGCAAACACACCUCAAAGACUUUUGAAGAACGGUACACACCGUUUUGGGGAAGCGUGUCAUUCAGUACAAACUGUCACGCAAUGGAGGAAACGUUAAAUUGAACGCACCCCAGUUGAUAAAAUGAACCUCAUUGGAGGAGGCAGUUACUGGAGGUGUGUGCUAGACCACUAUGCAUUUCUGUAUAUGAGGUGUGUAUUAUCGAUUAUCCAUAUUUUUCUUCCCGGUUGCUUAGAAUAGCAGGUUGGGAAUAAAGGGGUCUCAGUUUCCAAACAACUUUUUGAUGGAAAAAAAAUAUAUAUAUAAAAAUAAAACUUAAAUGAAAACUUGAA